AUGAGCCCGGGCAAAGAGCUCGAGAUGGGCAAGGUCUUUGUCGGAGGCCUCUCCAGGGACACGACGACGACGGGGCUGCGCUGCUACUUUGAGCAGUUUGGGCACAUUUCGGACUGCGUCGUCAUGAAGGACCGCUCGACGGGCGCUCCGCGCGGCUUUGGCUUCGUCACCUACCGCCACCAGAACGUCGCUGAUCACGUCGUCGCGCAGCGUCACUUGAUAGACGGCAAGGAGGUCGAGGCCAAGCCGGCCGUGCCGCGCGACUCGGACAGCCUGGCGCGUCCAGCGCUCGUCGCUCCCGUCGUGCCCAGCGUGCCGCCGGUGCCGGCUCCCCCGGUCGGGCGCGAGGUGAGGGCGGGCGAGCUCAAGAUCUUUGUCGGCGGCCU